AUGCUCCAGAAGGUUCUACUACGACCCAUGACCAGCGUUCCAUGCGCACACGAAUCCACCAUUUCGUACCGAUUCCCAUCGUCGUCUGGGAGUCCAUCCCCUCCCCCCAUCGUACCAUCGUCGCCCGAUCUGGCGCAUCAAAACCAACCCGGGCCCUCCGACCCCUACCUCGCCCUCCCACCGCCUGAAGACGAGAUCCCCGACCUCGACGAACUGCCCUCCGAACAACCACCCUCGCCUCCACCUCACACGCCUGCCCCUACCAUGUCAGGGCAUCACCGCAUCACCCUCGCCGCCAACCCCCCCUACUUCGAUGGCGACAAGUCCAAAUACCUGGGCUUUGUGGACGCGUGCACCACUUACAUCGGUGCCUAUCGAUCGGAGUUCUCACAAGAUGAGACCAAAAUCCUCUUUGUCCUCUCCUACCUCCGUAACGAGAACGGCACGAGCUGCGCUGCCUCGAGAUGGGCGAUGAACUGGAAGCAGCACAACUUCGAUGGCUUCCAGGGACUGAAGACAGGAGUCACAUCAAAGAACUUCCUGGAGGAGUUUCAGAGGGCGUUCGGGGACUCCAAUGCGGAACAAGUCGCCGCUGCUCGGCUUAUGGCCCUGCGUCAAAACAAACGGUCCUUCGCGGACUACAUCUCCGACUUUGAGAUGUUGGCCGCAGAUGCAGGCUACAAUGUGGUCGACACCACCGACGACAAAGGCGAAUACAAGAAGGGGGACCAGGAUAAUAUCCUCAUCGAGUUCCUGGAGCGCGGACUCAGCAGCGAGAUCGCCAGCCGUCUCUACAACACCGGUGUCCCUCUGCCCAAGGCCUAUGGAGCGUUCAAAGCCUGGUGCAUCAACAUCGAAGCCAAUGCUCUGCGUGACCAGCUGCGCAAAGCGUCGUAUGGGCACCCCACACAACGACCACCUCCCCAGUUCCGUCCCCAAACGGCACCAGUGGCGCCCACACCCGCUCCGGCCCGACCCGCUGCCAACGAACCGGUUCCGAUGGAAAUCGAUCGUACCCACGCCCGCGGCCGCAAUAUCAUCUGCUACAACUGUCAGCAGCCCGGGCACAUUGCGCGGAACUGCCCGGAGCCCAAGAAGAAGCGCACGUUCUUCAAUCGGGCCACAAUGCUGGAAGAAAUCGAGAACGGGGACAAGGACAACGAGUUCCUGAAGGAGAUUGCCGAGAAGCUGCGCGAGAAGGGUUUUUGA